CGCAGAUUAAAUCAGAGUGAGUGACAGCCGUCCUGGCCACUGGAAGGAGAGAGACAAGAUAAUCUCCUCCUCUAUAAGCCUGGGUAUAAUAAGAUUUGGGAGUUUUGGGGGAUUGCCAGUUCUCACUGCCUUUUCCAACCAUGCUUGGCCAAUGCGUUAAGCUCCCUGGAGGCACUACCUUGGAUUCUGUUGACCCCUGAAGUGGCAUGCACAUGAAGACAUCCCAUUAGGACGUUUUAGGCCAAAAAUCCUUCGUCUGCCUUUUUGCCUGCCUGCAGUUAAGCAAGUCAGUUUUUUUGCCUAGAUUACAAAGGCAGAAUGCUGUACUCCCAUGGAAUUGACAUUUUGUACCGAUUCAGUCCUGUUGGAUAAGGAAAUUAAAGAUUUAUGCCUAAGGAAGGGGAAAUCCAUUUCUUGAAUUCCAUAGGCUUUAUUAUUACUCCACAGUUUCUGGAUGAUUGGUCAUAUGCCGCUGUUGUUUUUAAGUCAAAAAGAAAUUAUGAGUGACUCUGGUCUCUGUAAGAGAACUUAUUCUGGUUGAAAGCGCAAAGUUUCUCUCUUACUUUUGGCCGUGUAACCCACUUUAGACUACAUGUUUGGUGGCACCGACAAAACAAACGAAAGGAUGAACAGACAGGCAGCACAUGUGUGCAUGUGCCUGAGGCAGUGGGUGGAGAUUGCAGUGCGUUCCUCCAGGCAGAAGAGGGACUUGCACACGGAGACACUCAGAUGAGGGAGGAGGAGGCGAGCCAUGUCUGAACAGACCUCACUUCUUCACUUCUGAGACACAGAUGAGUGCUGACUGUGUCAGUCAGUCUGUCAUUCAGACGGAGCGGGCACAGACCUUAAACCGCCUUUCCUGCUCCUGCACCAUGCGGCUUUGCUGUUACUGGAGGGUGAAGAGAAGCUAGUUCACGUCAGAGAGGCCUGGCUUUCGUUCCAGUCAACAGGAUGCAUCUGGUAGUAGAACCCAUCCAGGAGGCCGUGAUGAAGAUCCUACCUUAUUUUGUAGAGAAUGCUGUGUUGACCCAGAGUGAGAUAAAUCGCAUCCUGAGCGAGAGCUUCUUCAUGGUGAAAGGUGCUGCUUUAUUCCUGCAGCAGGGCAACAGUCACCAGGGCCAGAAAGCACAUCCUCACCACAAACAUGCAGGAGACCUACCUCAGCACCUGCAGGUGAUGAUAAAUAUUCUUCGCUCAGAGGACAGAAUCAAACUGGCAGUGCGGCUGGAGAGUGCAUGGUCCGAUCGUGUGCGGUACAUGGUGGUGGUGUACACCAGUGGGCGACAGGACACUGAGGAGAACAUUUUACUGGGAAUCGACUUCACCAACAAAGACUGUAAAAGCUGUUCGAUCGGCAUGGCGCUACCUCUGUGGAGUGAUACUAAGAUCCAUCUGGAUGGAGAUGGGGGCUUUACUGUGAACACGGCGGGUCGGACUCAUGUAUUCAAACCUGUGUCAGUGCAGGCUAUGUGGUCAGCCCUGCAGGUGCUGCACAAAGCCUGUGAGGUGUCACGCAGGUAUAACUACUUCCCUGGAGGCAUUGCUCUCACCUGGAUGGGAUACUAUGAGAGCUGCAUUGCUUCAGAACAGAGCUGCAUCAAUGAGUGGAACGCCAUGAAAGACUUGGAGACCACGCGGCCUGACUCUCCCACCAUGUUUGUGGACAAGCCUUCAGAGAGAGAGAGGACAGAGUGCCUUGUAAGAGCCAAACUCAGAAGCAUCAUGACGUGCCAGGACCUUGAGAACGUCACCUGCAAACAGAUCCGCACGGAGCUGGAGCAGCACAUGAACUGCAACCUAAAGGAGUAUAAAGAGUUUAUAGACAAUGAGAUGUUGCUGAUCUUGGGCCAAAUGGACAAAGCCACUCUCAUCUUCGACCAUGUUUACCUGGGAUCUGAAUGGAAUGCAUCUAAUUUGGAGGAGCUGCAAGAGACAGGGGUGGGCUAUAUCCUCAACGUUACCAGGGAGAUAGACAACUUCUUUCCGGGCACAUUCAGUUAUCACAACGUACGCGUCUACGAUGAAGAGGCCACUGACCUGCUUGCUCACUGGAAUGAGACCUACAACUUUAUUGUUAAAGCAAAAAAGAGCCACUCAAAGUGUCUAGUUCACUGCAAAAUGGGUGUCAGUCGGUCCGCCUCCACCGUCAUUGCUUACGCCAUGAAGGAGUACGGCUGGUCGUUGGAGAAGGCUUACAACUUUGUCAAGCAAAAGAGGAGCAUCACGCGCCCCAAUCCGGGUUUUAUGAGGCAGCUGGCGGAGUACGAGGGCAUCCUGGAUGCCAGUAAACAGCGGCACAACAAGUUGUGGCACCCGGACGCAGACUGCGAGAUGGCAGAGGGGCAGCACGGAGUGCCUCCGUGUUGUGGAGGGGAGGAGGGAACUCAAGUGACCCCAGAUGGGGAGAUGUCUCCCUGUUGUGGGGAGGCAGUGUCUGUGAAAGGUGCCGCAUGCCCCUCUCCAUGCAGGACAGUUGCCCUGGAGAUUGACCCCACCUACAACAACUACUACUUCCGCCGACUUUCUGACUCUGCACUGGACAGUGAGCCGUCAACACCUGUGCGUGGCCCUCCACUUCUAGGCAUGGAGAAGGUCUUUAUAGAAAUCGAGGACGUGGAGCGGGACGCUCUGCUGGAUGAUGAGGCCUUUGAUGGGCGAGAAGGUCUGCCCCUGCCUCUCUUUGGGCCUACAGGGGAGGGAACUGCAGCCCAGACAGGCAGCCGUGGCCCUGAGCCCAUGGAGGAGCUGCGUCUGAGGCUGGAGUUUAGCACGGUGCAGGAGGAAGAUGAGGAAGAUGUGCAAAAGGAGGAGGCAGAGAUGGAGGUUCUCAUGCAGCCAGAUGAUGGUGGGGGUGGGGAAGAAAAUGGAGGAGAGGAGACGCAAGAUGUGGAUGUAGAGGGUGAAGCCGAGGGAAACGGGAUGGACUUGGCAACCCUGAAUGAAAAUUCCAACAACAACAACCAUUUCAGUGUGCCACACAAUCACAAUGAAAAAUCUUUCUCUAUCCCUGCUGAUGCAGCUACAUUAACCAGUCAGAAACAAGACUCUCCACCUCUGGCUUCUAAGCUUUGCCUUAACCCCACCUCUCCUGAUGCCCCAAGUGCUUCAUUCCACCAGUCCCAUACUACCUCAUUUGAGGACCUCAAGUCUUCAGUGGGACUGCUGAGCCCAUCUGACCCUCUGUGUGACCAUGCCAACCUUACAGAAUCCCUGCCUACAGCUCUGCUCGUUAGAGCAGAGCAGCCAGGAGAAUCUCUGCAGCCUCAGGAUACCAGCGAUUUGUUGGCAGCUCCCUCAGAUGCUGUCCCUGAGCUGAUGAGAAUGGAUUUGGAGGAGGAGAAGCCUGCAGUGGCUUGCUGCGUCGGCCAACAGCAGGAGACUCUUUCACAGUUGCAGAGAUCUGGACUGGUUCGCCAGCGUGCAGAGAGAUUAGAGAGACUGUCGGGUUUGUCUCAGGAGAGCCUGCAGUCUCUGAAGCCUUUGCAUGCAUGCCAGAUAUCGACGAAGAGUCACUUUCACACUGAGGAGGAAGACAAGUUCUCCAGCUUUUCUGGGAACUUUAUUAAAUCUUCUACACCAUGCCAAGUGCGUUUAGAGCCACUUGUGGUCCCACUGACCAGUGAAGCCUUGUUAGGGGUGGUGGGGUCCGGUCUGCUCACACCAACCUCCUCACCUCACGGCUCGACCCUGACACGCAGUUCCAGCAGUGACAGUCUGCGCAGUGUGAGAGGGAAACCCGGCCUCGUGCGUCAGAGGGCGCAGGAGAUCGAGACCCGCAUGCGGCUGGCAGGCCUGACCGUCCCCUCGAGGCUGAAGCGGUCCAACUCGCUGGCCAAGUUGGGCAGCCUCACCUUCUCCUCUGAGGACCUAUACUCGACCUGCUCCUCGGAUGCAGGCACCCUGCUGCUGCUGUCACUGUCCCCGGAGCCCGACACAGGCCUUGAAUGGGACGCCCCCCCCUCCUCCGCUCCGCCUCGACCCCGCAAAGACCUGCACACACCAGAGAGAGCACUACCCGGCGAGCCCAGAAGCUGACGCAUCAGGUGAAGGUUUUAUACACUCCAGCCAUUGUGUGGCGCUGGAGAGGGAUGUACAGGUUCUGGAAACAGGAGGAUUGAAUUUGAAAAAAAAAAAAACAAAUGAAAACAAACAAAGCAAUGCCAAGUGUUGUUGUAAAGAGUGGACACUCUUUUUUUUGCCACAUUGUUUCUCAAACUGCUGUUCACACUGAUCAAAGUCAUAUUGCUGUAUCUGACAAGUGUGUAAAGCCAUCGUUUCACCUCUAACUUGGUUUGAUUCGUGGAGAAAUAAGUGCCUUACCCACGAGACCAGAGGCACGGAGCUGUGUUAAGCUGCAGGAUGAGAAGGUACAAGAUGCUUUAUUACCUUUAACUUCACAGCUGGUAGUACCUGCGAGGUACCGCUCCAUGGGAUAGUAUCCAUUGGCACUUCCAUUAUGUUUACCCAUCUGGUACACAGUGGUAGCCUACAUUGAAGAACUUGAGACUGUGCAGCUGGGCAGAACGCAUAGCGUUAGUAAUAGUAGACUUGUUUACCGCACAGUUUAUGUUUUAGAAGUUAGAGGGUUGUACAAUUAUUGGUUACCUCAUGGUGUAUUCAUGGAGCUCGUGUCAGAUGAACACCAGGGUAGAAUUGAAUUUAGUUGCUGAUAUGGAGUUACCAUGCCAGAGUCAGUUUUGAACUUGUUUUAAUGCAACGGUGUCUGUUGGUGCAUCGACUACGUGUGAGUCUCUGCGUGAGUGAAUGGGAUGAAAGGGAUCAGAGGAGGCUGAAACUGUUUAGCCAGAGGCAUGCUCACUGUUUCCAACAAACCCAACAGAAACAUUUCUGAGUUUGUUGUUCCUUUGCACUGUUUUUAGCAAGCUAUCUUCCAAAAUAACAUUAGAGUAAUGUUAUUGACCUCAUCAUUCCCUGAAAUAAUGUUGGGAGAGCAGUGAGGAGUCACACAGAACGGUGUGAACGCAUCCUACAAACGCCUAAUGUGACAGGGACUGAGGAUUCAGACUGAGGCAGUCAGGGCGCACGGUGUGAUGUACAGUUUGGGAUCUUUUCCUCAGCUAGUUAUUGGACCAUUGUGACUAGUUAUUAAUACAAAACAGUAAAUAAUUUACUUCCAAGUCUUCUUUACCUUAAAUUCAUUUUUGAGGGUUGCCAAGAUUUUGAAACUCAUUCGUGCAUCUUGAAAUGUGAAAGACCAAAGUUGUUGACUGUCUCAGCAAAUUGGAAACACCAUUGAAGCUGUAAAAAAAAAAAAAAAAAAAAAAUCUGUGAAUCAUAAUGUCAAUCAUGUCCGUAUUUAAAUGCUGUCACAUCUUUUUUGCACCUUUUGGGGGAAACAAAAGAGACUCGGUGGAGUCAUCAGGCUCAUAGCUGUUAAGCUUUUUAUGCUCAUAUCGUCAAUGAGUUGAAAAGCUUUUGUCACGCUGACGUGACAACGAUCACUAAAGGUUACUUUGCAGUUUUGUAACCAUUUUCUUUUUAUAUUUAAGUAUGCAGUAACUUUUGUACUGUACAUUGCUGUAGUUCAAAUGCAUAUUGCACUUUUUAUGUUGGUCAAAAUGAUGUACUGUAUGUGCUAAUUAUGGAAAUAAAUCAUUGUUUUACAUAAUGUA